GACACUAUUAGCAGCGUACCGCACCUCCUAUCUGGCGAAAUGGAAGUUAAAAAUGCAAGCGCUGCAAUGCUCAGCAACUAUGAGGUGUUCAAACUCCUCACAGACUUGAAGGAGCAGAGAAAAGAUGCCGGGAAAAGCAAACACAGCGCCGGGCAGCAGAACCUCAACACGAUCAUGUAUGAGACUCUGAAGUACCUGUCGAAGACGCCGAGCAGCAGACAAAGUCCUGAGAUCGUCAAAGAGUUCCUCACCACUAUGAUGCCUCACAAACUCACCAAGGCAGAAAAACUACAACUGUUGAACCACCGACCACAAACUGCAGUGGAAAUUCAACUAAUGGUAGAGGAGAGUGAAGAGCGUUUGUCAGAAGAGCAGAUAGAGGAGCUCAUCCAGACCGUCGCAGACGUCCUACCAGGUGACCCGGAGCAGGAAAACGCUGACGCAGAGAUGGACGAGGGCUGAGGACAGUCAUGAUGCAGCCA